CUCCCCCCUCCCCGGCGCUCUCUUCUCUGUCAGCCGCUGUCCCUGUCCCCCUUCGCCCGCGUCCGGCUCUUCCUGUCGCACCUGAGCGCACGCACCUGCCCGGCCCGCGUCCUCGUCUUCCUCCCGCCCUCCCCCCGCCUUUCCCCUCCGGGCCUGAAGGCUCUGCCGGGUCGCGGGCGCCUCGCGGCUGCGUCACCGCCGCCCCCCAGACAAGAUGGACACCGCCGAGGAAGACAUAUGUAGAGUUUGUCGGUCAGAAGGAACACCCGAGAAACCUCUUUAUCAUCCUUGUGUAUGUACUGGCAGUAUUAAGUUUAUUCAUCAAGAAUGCUUAGUUCAGUGGUUGAAACACAGUCGAAAAGAAUACUGUGAAUUAUGCAAGCACAGAUUCGCUUUUACACCAAUUUAUUCUCCAGAUAUGCCUUCACGGCUACCAAUCCAAGACAUAUUUGCUGGACUGGUUACAAGUAUUGGCACUGCAAUACGAUACUGGUUUCAUUAUACACUUGUGGCCUUUGCAUGGUUGGGAGUUGUUCCUCUUACAGCAUGCCGCAUCUACAAGUGCUUGUUUACUGGCUCCGUGAGCUCACUGCUGACACUGCCGCUAGACAUGUUGUCAACGGAAAACUUGUUGGCGGAUUGCUUGCAGGGCUGUUUUGUGGUGACAUGCACACUUUGUGCAUUCAUCAGCCUGGUCUGGUUACGAGAGCAGAUAGUCCAUGGUGGGGCACCAAUAUGGCUCGAGCAUGCUGCUCCACCCUUCAAUGCUGCUGGACACCACCAAAAUGAGGCUCCUGUAGGAGGAAAUGGUAUAGAAAACGCCCCUGCUGACCAGCCAGCUCACCCAGCGGCUGAGAAUGCAGUGCUGGGUGAGAACCCUGAUGCCCAGGAUGGUCAGGCAGAGGAGGAAGAGGAGGACAAUGAGGAGGAAGACGAUGCGGGUGUGGAAGAUGCUGCUGAUGCCAACAAUGGAGCCCAAGAUGACAUGAACUGGAAUGCUUUAGAGUGGGACCGGGCUGCUGAAGAGCUUACCUGGGAAAGAAUGCUUGGACUUGAUGGAUCACUAGUUUUUCUGGAACACGUGUUCUGGGUGGUGUCUUUAAAUACGUUGUUCAUUCUUGUUUUUGCAUUCUGUCCUUACCACAUUGGUCAUUUCUCCCUCGUUGGUUUGGGAUUUGAGGAACAUGUCCAAGCAUCUCAUUUUGAAGGUCUAAUCACGACGAUUGUUGGGUAUAUACUUUUAGCAAUCACACUGAUAAUUUGUCAUGCUUUGGCAACUCUUGUAAAGUUCCAUAGGUCUCGACGCUUGCUGGGAGUCUGCUACAUUGUGGUUAAGGUUUCUUUGUUAGUUGUUGUUGAAAUUGGAGUGUUCCCUCUCAUUUGUGGCUGGUGGCUGGAUAUUUGUUCUCUGGAAAUGUUUGAUGCUACUCUGAAAGAUCGAGAACUGAGCUUUCAGUCGGCUCCAGGAACUACGAUGUUUCUGCACUGGCUUGUAGGAAUGGUAUAUGUAUUCUACUUUGCCUCCUUCAUCCUGUUGCUGAGAGAGGUACUUCGACCUGGUGUCUUAUGGUUUCUAAGGAAUUUGAAUGAUCCAGAUUUUAAUCCAGUACAGGAAAUGAUCCACUUGCCCAUUUAUAGGCAUCUCCGAAGAUUUAUUUUGUCAGUGAUUGUCUUUGGCUCCAUUGUACUUCUGAUGCUCUGGCUUCCUAUACGUAUAAUUAAGAGUCUGCUGCCUAAUUUUCUUCCCUACAAUGUCAUGCUCUACAGUGAUGCUCCAGUGAGUGAGCUGUCCCUUGAGCUGCUCCUGCUGCAGGUCGUCUUGCCUGCAUUGCUGGAACAGGGACACACGAGGCAGUGGCUGAAGGGUCUUGUGCGUGCAUGGACUGUUACUGCUGGAUACUUACUGGACCUUCAUUCCUACUUACUGGGAGACCAGGAGGAAAGUGAGAACAGUGCAAAUCAGCAGGCCAACAAUAACCAGCCUGCUCGAAACAACAAUGCUGUUCCUGCUGGGGAGGGUCUGCAUGCAGCCCACCAAGCCAUACUCCAGCAGGGAGGUCCUGUCGGCUUUCAGCCUUACCGCCGGCCUUUCAAUUUCCCUCUCAGGAUAUUUCUGCUGAUUGUCUUCAUGUGCAUAACAUUAUUAAUUGCCAGCCUCAUCUGCCUUACUUUACCAGCUUUUCUAUUUUCAGUAUUUGCUGGCCGUUGGUUAAUGUCAUUUUGGACGGGGACUGCCAAAAUCCAUGAGCUGUAUACUGCUGCUUGUGGUCUUUAUGUAUGUUGGCUAACCAUAAGGGCGGUGACGGUGCUGGUAGCCUGGAUGCCUCAGGGACGCAGAGUGAUUUUCCAGAAGGUUAAAGAGUGGUCCCUCAUGAUAAUGAAGACUCUGAUUGUUGCUGUGCUGCUGGCUGGGGUGGUCCCGCUGCUCCUGGGCCUCCUGUUUGAGCUGGUGAUUGUUGCUCCUCUGAGGGUCCCUCUUGAUCAGACUCCCCUCUUCUACCCUUGGCAGGACUGGGCACUGGGAGUGCUGCAUGCCAAAAUUAUUGCAGCCAUAACUCUGAUGGGUCCUCAGUGGUGGUUAAAAACUGUCAUCGAACAGGUUUACGCAAAUGGCAUUCGGAAUAUCGACCUGCAUUACAUCAUUCGUAAGCUGGCAGCUCCGGUGAUCUCCGUGCUCUUACUUUCCCUGUGUGUACCGUACGUCAUAGCCUCCGGUGUGGUCCCUUUACUAGGUGUUACUGCGGAAAUGCAGAACUUAGUUCACCGGCGGAUUUACCCGUUUUUACUGAUGGUCGUUGUGUUGAUGGGGAUCCUGUCUUUCCAGGUUCGCCAGUUUAAGCGCCUUUAUGAGCACAUUAAAAAUGACAAGUACCUUGUGGGGCAGCGCCUGGUGAACUAUGAGCGCAAAUCUGGCAAGCAAGGCCCGUCCACGCCACCUCCACAGUCGUCCCAAGAAUAAAGUGCUUGUCUCAGCUCCUUGACCUUCUCCUUGCCUUUCCGUGUCCUUCUUUGUGGACUCUCACUUUGGAGAUUCUCCCGUGAUCUCCCAGCGCUGUUUUUAAGUUAAACGUACUUGACUUGUGUCCUCAGCGUUCAGAGGGCAGCGCGUCCGGCACUCUGCUGCUCCCUGCAUCUGCCGACAUCACUGCUGUCUGAGAUCUGUACAUGUGUAAAUAGGAGUUCCUUGAUGCCCUAAAACCUUGGAUUAAACAGAAUGUGCAUUGUACAUCUUUAACAAAUGUAUAUUAAUUUAUUAAAUCUAGUUGUCACUUUAUUUUGGACCUGCUGUGAUCUCGACAGGACAUGUGCCACAGAGCAGUAGUGCAUAGGCAAGACUUUGAGUGACAGCUUGUGGAGCACAGUUCAUGGUGUUGCCAGCAAUUCUCACCAGAUAACUAACUGCGUCCUGCUCUUGGCUGGUCAGUCCUUACCAGGAGCCAAACAAGCAGUGGACAGAGUGCCUCACAAACAGUCGUGUUUGCAAGUUAUUCCGUGUAACACCAAAGCUGUUGUACAUUUUCUACUGCCCGAUUGUCUUCAUGUGUCCAUGUUUGUAAUAUUGUAUAGUAUGUUGUGCUAGAUGAGGAAAUUAUUUUUAAUUUUGAUAAUUUAAUAUUCCUAAUGGUCAGCAUUGGAAGUUGGGGUUUUGUGCUUGUUAGGAGCAUGUCUAUACUUAGAAAGAUACACUAGCAGUGAAGGUUUUCACUAGCCUCCUUCCUUUUCAUACAGCUCUUUGUUCUGUCAGCAGUGGCCAAAAGUGUCAUGCCAGCUGAGAAAUCUUAGGGGAUAACAUCAAAUAAUACAAAUUGUGACAGGUCGGAGGCUAGUGUCAGGCUGUGGUGUGGGGUCAGUGCACUGCAGCUGAGGCUCAGAGACUACAGCAGGAAACCACACAGAUAAAACUCAGUUUCUUUUGUUGAAAGGAAGCAGACUGAGCUGGUCUUCUACCAUAGGAAGGAGUUGCAUUGCAGAGGUGCUGUGAGGUCUUAGAGAACUGAACACUCAAGCCUAGUUUCUUAGCCAAAGCUUCACAUUUGAAGUUUCAAAGAAUAGGAUGGUUUGUCCAUCAUCCAAGUGUUUAAUGGUAAAGGUGUAUUGUAAGGGUAGUGUUAGAAGCGUUCCUAGACUAUAAAAGAAUUCCGCAGAGUAUUAAAACCCAUAGGUGAAAAGGUGUGAAUUUUUGUGCCCCCCCCAGUACAAAAGCCAAACAUAAGCUACCAAAAUUAAGAGCAAUGUGUUCUGCUUUUGUUUAUUUUUUUAUUCACUAAGUGAUAAGCAAAUACUUUGUUUUAAAACAACAGUAUAUUUAAAACAAAAGCAGUGCUUGCCAUGGGAUCCAGUGUUAACACUGUCUGUCACUUUGUAGCAGUUCUUUCUCUCUGUGCAAAGUUCUGUCCUUGUCACAAACCCACCUUCACUCACAGACAUAGUCCUGUUAUAGAGAAUUAGCAUUUUAAGAUGCGGUGCCACCUGUCAUGGAUAUGUCUGUAAAAACCUAAUCUUUGGGGGAGAAAGAUGUCAGUGAAUUGGGUAUAACAUUAUUUACAUUUCAUUUUUAAAGAAUUUAUGGACCUACCACAAAAAGUUAAAAAGUAUUAAUCCUCUGAAAUUUUAAAUGAACCUUGUUUUGUUGAAAAACAAACACAAACAGUUCAGGUUACCAAAAAUUGCCCACUCCCCUUUUAUUUUUAAGAGACUCUGUGCUCUUACUGAGGAAUCCCUCCAGGGUUUUUAGUUGUGUCUUUCAGUGAGAUACAUCCUCAUAAGAUUUUAUUGUGCCUAACAAUUGCUAGGGUGGCAUACAAGUUUUAUUCAUCAAUAUCCUAACCGUGUUCCUGUCUGCUGCCUGUUUUUACAGGGAUCUUAAAGAGUUCUGCAUCAUUUUGAAUUGGGCUAAUCCAGUCAGUUUUCAAGAUAGUUUACUAGGAAAGACCUCUGUGCUUUAUUACUUGUAAUUUGAAGACAAAUCACCAUUUAGGAUUAGUUUUACAUGACAAGUUAUCAGAUGGUCAGUUUGAAAUGUGUAGUUGUUCAUUAUUAAUGAAUUAUGGAUUGAUUUUUAAACUACAAAGUGCUAAUAGUUUAGAUGAAAACUGAAGAAAACGCCAAUGUAAAAUUUGUGUGUAGCUAGCCUUAAAUUUAUGUGUUUAUAGUUGUGGUCCCCUCACCCUCCACUCCCAUGCUCUGGGGGAAAGAAGGAGAUAGAACAUUUCUAUUACAGAUGUGAACAAGUGAUUUUUAUUUCAAUAUUUGGUUUAAUUAUUAUUCCUGUGAAAUCUUAGAUUGUCCCCUCACACAAAUAGCAGAGUAACUCCUCUGAUGAUAAUUUGCCUACUGGGUGUGUCAUCUGUGUUACAGAUGCUCCAUUAAAGUACAUUCUUAAAUUUAGGUUGUACUGAUGAAUUUUUAAGACGAACAUAAAAGAUGCAUUUGGACAUUUCUACACUGCUGUGUUGCAGACACAGGAGCUGGUGACCUUAUACAAGAACUCUGGCAUUUGUCACGGUGCUACAAAGUAGCUCCUUCCUUUCCUUUCCAUGAUGGGUACUCUCCAGCUAGUUACUGUGAUGCCUCACUUUUACAUGUGAAGUUCAAAGUUCUUGUUCAAAUCAAUCCUAGAAGUUGAGUCGUAUAGAGGAAAAGAUGAAAGCAGAGUUACCACUGAAGUGUUACUGAAGACCUCAUUUAUGGUUUCUAAGCUCUUUGCUCAAGCUGCCCUGUCAGUCAGAUGUUUGUUUUCAGCGUUGUCUAUGCUGUGUCAAAUCUUUAAACAGCUGUCAUGAGUAAGGGCUUCUUUCAGAUACUCUUCAACAGUAGCUCUGGCAUUAGAGAUAGACAGUGUACAUGGAUAUGUGUGUUUCCAUUCCUGUCUGUCUGUAUGAGUGCCUCAUUUUAUAAUCAUGGCAGUCCUGUUGUACCUUAGGUGGACAUGAAUGACUAAGGCCUCGGAGUGUCUGCUAUAGGAGUGAAAUAGAACACUUAGUGAUGUGGGAUGCUAGUUUUCUAUUACCAUAAACACCUAUACCCAGGUCAAUUCUAUGUAUAUAUAUAUAUAUAUUCAAAAAUGCUCCCUUUUUUAUGUGGUCAUUUGUUGCCUUCUGAGUUAAGAGAACAGAAUUGAAUAAAAUGAAUGUUAGUUGUA